CAUUUCUUGUUAGAAAUCAAUACUUGCGAGUAUAUAAUACAUCCUUCAGUUUGCAAAAUAAAAAUGUAUUAAGUGAAACUAUUAAUUCUCAUAAUGAAAUUAACCACGGGCCGUUAUACGGCCAUCCUUUCAGUACAAUGUACUUUACUUGUGAUUGAUUGGAUUAUAAAUAUAUGUUCAUUACUGACUAGAGAAAACAAUGCCCUAAUGCUUAUACUAUUUAUAGUACAAGAUGCAUGUUUAAUUUUAGCCUUAUCAGCUUUAUUGUUAACGUUUUUUUCCACCUAUGUCUUCCAGACUGGAUUAGUCUAUUUAUUGUAUGAACGAUUCCGUGCUACUUUGUUGAUGUGUAUCGUAUAUUUUGGAUUAACAACAAUAGUUCAUAUCUGGUCUUUAAUUACACGCUGGAGUAAUUUGAAGCAUUCGUGGAGUCUGCCUUUUUUAACUGUGUUUAUUUUGCAGAGGUUUUUAGCAACCGUUUAUUAUUAUUGUUAUAAAAGGGCUGCUCUGAGAAUCAGCGAUCCAAGAUUCUACGAAGAUAUCGAAAUAGAAACCAACAAAAAUCAUCAAAUUAAUGGACAGAUAACUCAGUAAUUUUUACUUUUUAUUUAUAAAUUAUUAAUAAAUACAUUUCUGCAAGAAAA